UGGCCGAUCGCCCACAGACCACCCCAGGCCAGCUACCUUGAAAUGUCCACCACACCUGGCACUCAUGUUAGUCCAGGGCCCUUAGCCAAGCGGAGAAAGAUCCGCAAAGGAACAAGCAGCUGCUGGGAAUGCAAGCGCAGGAAAAUCCGCUGCACCUUCUCUGCUAGCUCGGAUGAAACGUGUAUUGGGUGUCAGCGACGAGGCACCAAAUGCCUGAGCCAGGAGUUCCCCGACCAGACCAGUGGAGAAGGGCAGCCCAUUGGGGACCGUAUCGGACGAGUCGAGGCCCUGGUUAAUCAACUUGUCAAGAAUACCCCCGUUCGCGAGAUUGCGCCGAGAUAUGAGAGCGAUGGACCGACCGAAACAGCCACACCCACGCCGACCGGGACCCUUUCACCCAUUCACAUUUCUGCUUCCACUUCCAUCCCCAGUGCUGUAGGAGCUUCAUUGGAACCAUCAGCGGACGGGCUUGACUGGGACUACUCAGAUGCACCUCCCAUGUCGCAUCAAUCACCCAUUGUCCCUGCUCGAUAUGCAAAGGUCUCUCAGGCAUUGUACGCCAGCUUACCGUCACGCGAUGAUGUGGAGGUUCUUUGGAAGGUGCACGCUCACGCAUCCAUCUCGUUUAACAGGGUCAUGAUGGUCCCCUAUCCGGAGUUGGAACGUAACGGGUUAAACUGUUCCAGCAUGAACGAUGUGCCUGGCCCUGAAUCCCAUCCGGUGCGACUAGCCAUCUAUAUGUUCCUCAUCGCAACAGUACUGCAAUACAUGGAUCUGGAGAAAUCCAAGGAGCAAGUCAAAGCCCUGUCGGAGCCUCCACGGGCGAUGAUGAAGCGGCUGGCGGAGACGGCGAUCCGCCUCGUGACAACCCACGAGGAACUGCUAGACACCGUCGAAGGUUUGACGUGCGUCAUGAUGGAAGGCAUCUACCAGGCCAACUGUGGCAAUCUGCGCCCGGCCUGGAUUGCCUUCCGGCGCGCGAUGGCCCUGGCCCAGCUGAUGGGGCUUCACCGUCCGGGAGGGUGCCGCCCGCUCCGGUUGCUUGACCCCAAUUACAAGUUCGAUGCCUCAUUCUUAUGGUACCGUAUCGUCUACACCGACCGUUUUCUCUGCCUCAUGCUGGGAUUGCCCCAGGGUUCGCUGGAUCGCAGCAUGGCGGCCGAGGCGGCCCUUGCCCAUGACACGCCCCUGGGCCGACUCGAACGUACCCAUUGUGCCAUUGCCUCGCGCAUCCUGGAACGCAACGAUGCCGACCCAGCUUCCUACAACAUGUCUACCAUCCGAGAGAUCGACCUUGAGCUCCAAGAUAUAGCCCAAACAAUGCCAAGCGGGUGGUGGCUGGCUCCUAAUCUGGCCAACACUCACGGUGACCCGACCACUGGGUUCUGGGAAAUGCUUCGGCUCGUCACUCAGCUUUACCACUUCAAUCUCUUGAACCAGCUCCACCUUCCCUUCAUGCUCCAAUUUGCCUCCACAACCCAACUGCACAAUUAUUGCGCAUCAACAUGCGUGAACGCCUCCCGCGAGAUCCUCUCCCGCUUCAUAGCCUUCCGCGCCUUCAACCGCGUUGCUUACUGUUGUCGCGCAGUUGACUUUUUUGCCUUGAUAGCCUCAUUGCUCGUGCUCAUUGCCCACCUACGACAGCACGCACGACCUCCAGAUGAGCUAAAUCUGCUCGCUCACCAGCGACAGGGCGACCGCGCAAUGGUGGAACAGGCCGUCGCAAGUAUGGAGGAGCUUGGCCGCGUCAGCCAUGAUCCUUUGAGCGCCAGGAGUGCCGAUCUACUGCGUCGACUGUUAUCCAUUGAAGCUGAGGCAGCCAGGGGACGCAUCUAUAGGACACAGAGCGUACGUAUCGGGGAUGAGCCGGAAGCAGGAACAGGUUCGACGGGUAAUGUGCUUCGCAUUCGUAUUCCGUACUUUGGAACGGUAAAAAUUGCACCGAAGGGUGGUGUCUCCAAAGAGAGUCCCAGUGUUGUGGGAGAAAGCAACCUGGCCGGUGUUCAUGGGCAGAAUGUGAUGGACUACCCGGAUGUCAUGUCGGCCCCGCAGGCAAUAGGUACCACCACCCAAGAGAACCAUAUCUCCACGAACGGAACAAAUCUUCAGGCGGAAUACUUAUAUCCCGGUUUGACGGCGGGAGCAGAAGACUGGGCCUUUCAAGGUGUGGACAUGGCGUUCUUUGAGAACCUGAUGCGGGGAACCAUGCAGUACACGGAGUGAUUCCUAUGUAGUGCUGAGUUCAAUCAUGACCUCACCCAGACUGCACACAACGACUAGGCGAAAACAGGAUCUCUUAUAUAUCAAGGACUUCUCAUACUCAAUGUUCCACCGUUCCCAAUGUCCUGACUCUCCUAUUUAGUCCAGUAUAUACCGAUCACAGGUAUCUACAUAGCCUUAUAGGUCUAUAAAGCACAGGUACGCAUUUAGAAAUACGGAAAUAUAAGGAGUAGAGGUCGAUGAUAGCGUCAUAUAAAAAGGACAACGCAGGUAGGUACAUAGGUAGGUACGUGGCUGAGAGAGAUUUAUAGCUAGGCGGGAGAACAAGGGAACGUUAAGCCUAUUUCUUGCUACUCGAAAGAGGUAGCGUUCUACCAGGAG